CAGGGGACCAUCAGAUUAAAGAAGGGGGUUGUUUUCAACUUUGAAACACGGGGUAGUAUUGUUAUUGUUGCUCAGUCAAUCCUUCAGUUUCCUGGUUACUCGCACCUGGGCUCUCAAUUCCAGAUUGACCUCGGUGCUUUGAUUCCCAUCCCCGCAUCCCAAUGAACAAUGGUCAGCCAAGGAGCGUAAGAAACAGACAGUGACACGGUCACUUGGCCUUUCUCAAUAUCACUUGACUGGGAGAAAUCAGGAAAUAGAUGUUGCCAUGACCAGCAUGGUUGAGACCUCAUGGCCGCCAAAAUCUCCUAGGGAGGCACUUCUCAGCUCUCCUCAUGGUCGGAGAAAAUAUCAAGAUAUGCGACGCCGCCAGGAGAAUAUGGGGUCGCCUUUGAAAUACUCGAGGACUACUCCGAAUCUACGAACUGAUCAAAAGCUGAACGACGCUAUGGAUGACCUGGACGACGAAGAGGAAGACGAAGACGAAGAGACACUACGACUCAAGCUUGCUGCCAUUGAAGCAAAACUGAAGUUGAAGCAGCUGCAGAAAAGUCGCGCACGCUCAAACACGUUGGAAUCGAACGAUACACAAUCCAGACCAGCAUCGGCAGUUAGUUUCUCGUCGCGGUCACAAGAGCAGGUAUCGAGACUUAGGAGCCCCAUUCAAACCACUCGCAGACAGGAGCCGGAUGUUGUUCAAGUCCCUUUGUCGCCGGUCAGACGAGCGGCUCCUCCAGUUGAACCUGCGUCCCCGCGGAGAUACCUUCUCGGCAUCGACAAGGGUCUCAAAGGCAGCGAUGUUAGUCUCAAACGUCCGCCAAACUCCCGCUUGGGGACACGGCCAACAAGUAUGCAUGGGACUCGUGAAGCUACCAUGUCUCACUCCGGCGAUAUUUUCGCAUCUCACGCGCAGAUGCUGGCUGCAGAGGAGAGUGGGAAACGGGGCAAGACAUUUAGUGAGCGGAUUGCUGAAAGCCGAACGGCUGAAAAGUCUCGCAGGGAACGAGAACUGAGGCUUCAGGUUAACCGAAGCUCCGCGUUCCAGUUCGACAAGACGGAGAUGGAGACGUUUAAGACAGCAGCGGCUGACGCGAGGACAAACGCUCCUCCCAGGUCACCGACGAGAAGCCGUCCAGUCGAGACUUUCAGCAGAGACGAUGUCGUGCGAUCGUUUCAGAAUCUCAAGCCUUCCAUCAAACGAAGCCAGACUGCACCCAGUGUGCGCAAAGACGCAGGCUCUGAGGGGUCACGACCAUUUUCCCAUAGGCGACCCAAUCAAACCGAAACUGGGCCAGGAUCCUCUCAGUCUCGCGGAGAGUCUUUCUCGGACUUUGACAACGAGACUCGAGACGAGGGAACAUCGAAGACUCCAGACUCGUCCAAGUUUGAGCCGUACUCAUCGCUUCACUUAUCGAAUCGAAUACUACCGCACUCCUUUUUAACUAGAACGCUCUCCAACAAGAAGAUUCUUCGCAUUCCAGACCUCCUGAGGACAGUGAGAGGGCCAGACUUUGAGCUUCCCGAAGAGAUUGACGGAGACUACGUUGUCUUCGGCAUAGUUGCCUCAAAAUCGGAGCCAAAGCAAAUCAAGGAUACCAAAAAUGUAUCUGCAAAAGAAGUUGAUCCCUUUGAUGAUGGUCUGAACAACAGCAACAGGUAUAUGGCUAUCACGCUCACAGAUCUCAAGUGGACAAUUGACUUGUUCCUGUUCGACACUGCCUUUCCUCGAUAUUACAGGUUAUCAGAAGGCAUCCUUAUUGCCAUCCUGAAUCCCACCAUCAUGCCACCUCCCAAAAAUAAGAUAGACACCAACAGGUUCAGCCUCUCCAUUUCCUCAUCAGAUGAUAAAAUUCUCGAGGUCGGAUAUGCCCAGGAUAUAGGCUUCUGCAAAGCUGUCAGGAAGGACGGCAAGACAUGCCAAUCAUGGGUGGAUGGCCGCAAGACCGAGUUCUGCGAUUUUCAUCUUGAUCUCCAGAUUCGUCGGGCACAGUCACAACGGAUGGGAGUCAACAGUGGCACAGGCAUGUUUGGUCCUGGGGGCCGUUCUGGCCCACGGACUGGAGCUUUCGCGGGUGGAAAGAAACCAGGAACGCCGAACGGUCUGAAGUCAAAUGGUCCCCAAUACGAUCUGGGGUCUCAGUCCUUGUACUACAUCGCACCCGCUCCCAAAUCUCAAGGCAGCGGCGGCGCUCAACAUUCUCGCCACAGGGCACCCGGCCAAUCUGCCGCCAGUCUCAUCGACGCCGACGACGAAGAUCCGUUCAUCGCAGCAGGCAUGAUGGGCCGUGGGGCGGAAAGCAAGGAAGAACGCUUCCGGAGACGCCUUGUGCAGCAGCAGCGCGAACGAGACAUUACUCAAAAGCUAGUCACGUCGCGAGCUGGCAACGUGGGCGCCGAGUACCUGCGCGCAAGAGCAAACAAGCCCGCAACAUCCUCUCAUCCCGAAAGCACCACCUCAUCUUCACAAGAGAAAUCCAGCUUCGAUGCCUCCACCCCUGUUUCUGCGACCAGCCUCGGCCUAACGGGCUUCAGGAGAGCAAACGCCGUCAAGCUCAGUCCGCUGAAGCGCGCCUACGACGGCGACAAACAGCACAAUGGAAGCGUCAAGAAGACGCGAUUCAUAACGUCCAACGGUAUCAAGGAAGCUGGACGGGACAGCCUAGGCGGCAGCUCUAAUGCCAUGACAAAACCUAAUGAUGACGAUGACGAUGACGAUGAACUAGACAUCAUCCGAUAAAUGAAACCUAUUGCAUACUAUGCACAUCGUUCUCCCUCACACACCUACAAACUAGAUACCCACUCCUUUGCCUCAUUUCACUUAUCUGGACAGAACAAAGUCACGUGGCCUUUCUUGUAACAGCGCGAUGUCGAGGAUACGUCCCUUUAAUUCAUACUUAGGAACUCCCGUGAGAGUCCGUCUUGCUUUCAAGAAGCCAUUCACUUUUUGUCGUUGGUCGUGUCAGCCAUUCCUUUUUUGUAAUUUUUCGCUUCUCCUUGUCAUGCCGAUAAAUGAUUACGUGGUACUUGUAGCAG